ACACGAUUCAGCAUCAGGUAGUCAGUCACUAGUCUUCUGCCAGGGAACGAACGGGCGAUCAAGCGGCGGCACUACACUGGCUGUGGCGCUCACAACAGAUCAACUUCUUAGUCUUCCUACUGACUGGUAUAACGUCACCGUCUGGAGAAAUUGCAGGCAAUUAGAGAGGAUCCAGCAUGGCGUUUCUCUUCAAAUCGAAAAAAAAUCAGCCGGGGACAGGUUUACCCCCAGCGAACCGAAACAUACACACUUCAGAAGGCGCUAUCUCGGAGAAAUCGAUUGGGAUUAAUGGAGAAAAACAACCGAGAAUCCAGUCUCCGACACCCAGCGGCAGCGUGAGCAACUCGCUGAACUCGGUUGCUGGUACGAACAGUCCCGAUCCGAUUCGAAUGCGACAGCGAGCAGAAUCGGAAUCACAGCGAUCCCAAUCGUUGACUAACCCCGGUUCGCCCACGACGAAUAUCAAUCCAAACCAAUACCCCUGGUCUAGACGACGCUUGAAUUUUGCCUCACCGCAAGCCAACCCGUUCCCUCGAUAUGGCUCUGCAAUCAACGCCGUGGCUUCGAAGGAAGGCGACAUCUAUAUGAUGGGUGGCCUGGUCGAGGGUUCUACAGUAAAGGGAGACUUGUGGAUGGUUGAAAGCAGCGGUGGUAAUCUUUCAUGCUUUCCAAUCACGACUGUCUCGGAUGGCCCUGGCCCUCGAGUCGGCCACGCAAGUCUUCUGGUGGGAAAUGCCUUUAUUGUGUUUGGAGGUGAUACAAAAGUUAAUGAAAUGGAUAUUUUGGACGAUACCCUCUAUUUACUUAAUACCUCUUCUCGACAAUGGUCUCGUGCCAUCCCUCCUGGACCAAGGCCCACUGGACGAUAUGGACAUACUUUGAAUAUCCUUGGAUCCAAGCUUUAUGUGUUUGGCGGACAGGUUGAGGGAUUCUUCUUCAACGACCUAGUCGCAUUUGACCUCAACGCCCUUCAAAGCCCCACAAAUAAAUGGGAAUUCUUAAUUAGGAACUCACACGAAGGUGGUCCACCUGCCGGUCAGAUCCCGCCUGCACGUACCAACCAUACUACUGUCACCUACAAUGACUGUCUUUAUUUAUUUGGAGGCACGAACGGAGUGGAUUGGUUCAAUGACGUUUGGUGUUACGAUCCCCGAACCAACGAAUGGACCGAAUUGGAUUGCAACGGAUUCAUUCCUUCCCGACGAGAGGGACACGCUGCAGCGCUGAUCAGUGACACAAUGUAUGUAUUUGGUGGCCGUAAUGACGAAGGCGUGGACAUGGGUGAUCUCUCUGCGUUCCGUAUUGGUACCAGGCGGUGGUUUUACUUCCAAAAUAUGGGUCAAGCUCCGUCACCCAGAUCAGGGCACAGUAUGACAGCAUUUGGAAAGCAAAUUAUAGUCAUGGCUGGUGAGCCAAGCUCGGGGCAGAGGGAUGCAGCAGAACUCAGCAUGGCAUAUAUCCUCGACACGGCCAAGAUUCGUUACCCGAACGAGACAAACCAAAACAGCGAAAGAGCUGGUGAAGCACGAAAAAUGAGUGGUGACAAGUCUAGCUCCCCGUUGGAGCGAAUAGCGCGAGACGGACAAGGUACACCUGUUGAUCAAUCGCGUCGUGCUGCUGCUCCUUCUCGAGAAAGCGUUGCUCAAGCUGGUACAAGACCACAGUCAGAAUAUCCCCCAGGAGCCACAGCAGCGGGAUCAAGACUUCCCCGGGCGUCGAUAGCUCAAGCACCGUCGGGUCCUCCUCCACCAGGUCAAGCACCAACUCCCACUCCGCGAACCAAUGGCCAGACUCCACAGCCUGGCAGAAGUAAGACUCCCACAAAACAAGACCGCUCCGUGAACCCACAGGUGGACACUGUACGUGUUCCGAUGGAUAGGGACAUGCAAUCUUCAAAUUCAACGACCUCGCCGCAAGACGCCACCCGACCUUCAGGAGAGAUGAGUCCCGUAUCGGGAGGUCGUCGUACUCCAAAUUCCCAGCCGCCGUCUAAGAUGGCUGCGAAGGUAAUGGAGGUUGGUGAAGCUGCCCCUCUAAUGAGCGCACCAACAAGGCAGCGUUCACUUCAACGGCAGCGUCAGCGAGCCUCGAUGGAUAGUACAGACGAGUCGAUUUUAGGCAGACAUACUAGUGUCGAUGGUUCCACUGAAUCUCGAAAUUACAGGAAUUCUCGUAAUUUCGCCGACGAGCCUCGAUCGCCCAGACUCACACCUCACCAGGAAGCGCUCAUCAAAGAACUCGAAGCGGCCCGAAAUCGCAACGCGUGGUAUGCAUCAGAACUGGCAUUGGCUCGCAAAGCUGGCUACAUCCCUAAUUCAUCUAGCACCUCAGUGCUCGAUGAGCGUGCCACCGAGGUAUUUACGGAUGAGGAUCGACCUUUGAUCGAAGCUUUUCUUUCUAUGAGAGCAGAGCUCGCCAAAAUGCAGGCAACAGUGGAUCGUCAAGCUGCUAUUGCCUCUAAGAGAGUGGCCGAAGUUGAGCAUCAACGCGAUGCAGCCAUUAGUGAAGCGGCAUAUGCACGAGCUAAACUGGCCGCUCAUGGAGGUAGCCAACGAAGCACUCCUCAACCAGAGAGCACCCCCAAUGGCACCGAUGAUGCAACCACCGCAAGAAUGACUGAUCUUAGCAGAAGGCUAGCUCUUGCCUUGGCAUCUCAUGCAGAACUCAAGACCAAAUUGGAGGGAAUGUCUAUUGAUCUCGAUCAGGAGAAACAGGCUCGAGAGCUUGCGGAGGAGACGAACGAAGCAACUCGAAAGAGAUUGGCUGAACUGGAAUUACAAAAUCAUUCUUUGGAAUUAGAAAGUCUUCGGGCUGAGCUCCACCAGCUGCAAUCUCACGUGAGGGAAGAAUCCGCCCUCCGAUCGGAAGCAGAGAUCAAUUAUAAACAAGCUAGCUUUGAUAAAGAGGAAUUACUUCAGAAACUCGAGGAAGCUUCUGUACGCCUCAAGGAUCACGGCGGCAAUAUGGGGUCACUUCGUGAAGCUGUUGCAGCGUCGUCCGAAAAGGCUACUUUAAUGGAGAGGCAUCUUGAAGAGGAGCGUGAGCGCAGAGAGGGACUGGAGCGUAAGCUGUUGCAGUUGAGAGCCGACCACGAAGAACGAACAGCAGAACUGGAAACUGCUAGCCGCAGAUUGAAGGAGGCCGAGGAAUUGGCAGAAACCCACGCCCGGGAGGCUGAAAGUCAUAAGCUUGCCUUCCUUUCAGGACUUGACCGCGCGUCUUCCUUCGAUUCAGAUAGCUCGAUCAGAUCAAUCACUGACCAGCGCGUGGUUGCUUUACAAUCGCAAGUUGAUAAGGCUCAUGAGCUUGCCAAGGCCAACCAAGCUGCUGCCGAUGAAGCGGCCGAGAAACUGAGGAGAGCGGAGGAACGAAUUGCCGGUCUCGAGGCGUAUCAGGAACAAGUGAGUCGCGAAGGCCUUCAGCUGCGCAGACAACUUCAGGCAGCCCUUAAGGAAAGCCAAACACAUGCUACGAAUAACAAGGAUCUCAAGUCUCAACUCGAAAGCCACCAGCGCGAUACUAGUGCUUUGGCUAUUCAACACGGGGCAUUGAAAGACCUUCUUGGCGAACGAGGAGUUCAUGCAUCAGACAAUCGGCGAUCGCCGCUCCUUGAUUCACCUGGGUCGCGUUUCGGAACUCCUGAACAGAGUCGUCUCCGUGAACUGGAACAGCAACUCCAGGCAAGCUUGAAGGCACAUGAUGAGACGAAGAUUGCGUUUGAGUCUCGUGAACAAGAAGCUGAUCGUGCUUAUCGAGAGAAGUUGGAGCAGCUUGAAAAUGAUUACCAGUCUGCCGUUCACUACGUAAAGGGCACAGAGAAGAUGUUGAAGCGGAUGAAGGACGAAGUCGACAAGUACAGGGUGUACACUACGAAGCUACAAGCUGAAUUGGAAACUGCACAGAAGAGUGCCGAGCAGUCUGCUACCGCGCCCUCUGUCGACUGGGAACACGAGCGGGCUGAAUUGCAGAACACACUUUCUGAGCUUCAGAAUGAUAUGAGUUCUUCUAUCGCCAGCCUUGAAAGCCAGAUUGCUCAGCUCAAAGAGGAUGUGAAUGCAGCGCAGAUACAGCGUGACAAUUCCGUCUCUGCACAUGAAAAUACCAGGCGAGAACUUCUUGCAGCAACAGAAAAUACUCGUUCGGAACUUGAGCAACUGAAGCAAGAGAACACUCUGCUCGAGUCGCGUGCUCUACAUGCAGAGCAGAAGGUUUCAAUGCUGCUUGAUCAAAUGGUUACAUCAGUCGAUAACCAUCGUCGUCAAUCACAACAUGGACAAGGCGCCAACAACAUUUCACGAAGUCACAGUACAGCGUCUACGGCUACGAUUAGUGGACGACCGCGGGCUGAUAGCAAUAUCUCCCGUGACGAUUCUUUUCUGAACAAUCGAAGCUCGAUGGCAUUGGACUCUCUUGCCACUGAACUAGAUGCUCUUCGUAGUCAUUGGGAGAGUAACAAUCGCAAUAACAAUCGCCUAAGCUCUACUUUCGAUCUUGAUCAAACCCCAACCAAGGAGACUCACGAAGGGACUAGUCUGAGUGAAAGUGUUACCAAUUGGCGGCGUCGACUGGAGGAAGAAGAGGCGCGUGCCAACACCCCGAAUGCCCUGAGUUCCGACGCAGCGAAGUCCUCACAUGGGGGAUUGGCAGACGAAGCCAGCGGCAACAUGAUAUAAGAUACCCUUCUACCCAUUGCAUAGGAGACGACGCAGCGAUU